AUGGGACAAGCACUGUCUGACGAGAACACGCGGCACAUGUCGCACGAGGAGCUCACCCAUGAACUCGCCAGCCGCUUCGCCAGCAAGUGCUUCACUUCGCUUGAACUCUACUCUUUCAGAGAUGUCUUCAAGAGCCUGGCAGACAACCAGGGCGACAUCCGCUACCUAAAGGAAGACACCCUCGCCCGCUUUCUCGAGAUACCCGACGUCCUCCAUGUCUCUCCCGUCGUCUUCCAGAUGCUGUCCUACAUCGGUGCCUUCCCCUUUCUCCAGGACGCCCCCGCUGUCCUCGGUCUUGAUCAGAUGAUUAUGGUGGUCGUGAUCAUGACACAGAGACACAAGCGGGUCCUGGCCAAGGGUGCGACCGACCGCGCCAAGCUCAUCUUCAAGAGUCUCGCAGUCCACGACCGUCGCGCCUCCGAAGCCGCGGUCGCCGCCGAGGAGGCUUCCAAGGAGGAGCAGACGGCCGAGUCCCAAACCCGGAGCCAUGUUGCAGGCUUCGCGGUCGACGAGCCGGCGGAGGAGCAGGAGGUCGACGACGACGACGAUCUUGAGAUUGCCGCCUUUGAGCUCCUCGACAUCAACGAUGCCGUCUGGCAAGGCGACGCUCCGAGGAUGCAAGGCGCCAUGAUCCCAGCCGACAAUUUUCGCCGACUGCUUAUGUUGCUCAUCUUGGUUGCCCCGCUGAAUCCCCAAGAGAGGCUGUCCAUGUAUUCCACCCGGGUGACGGGCGACGAGCUGGAUAGUCUCCGUGCCACUGCCGACAACAUCCUGGCUGCUUUCUUGAAUGUCGAAAAGGCUCCCGGCAUCAAGUUCAGUCGGUACAACCGCGUGUUGCCCGUCUGUUUCCCUAACCUCUUCAACGGGUUUAGCCCCCUGUUUGAGCACUUCCUCUUUUCCAAAAACCUUGACUUCACAAAACCCAGAGGCGAAGAAUCAGCAUCCGAAAAGCAACCGGAAGAGAUCCUGCAGCCCCUGCUACCGGAACCCGGCGAGAUUCUCAACUUGAACGUCCUUUCUCAACUGUCCUUUUUCCUACCAGGAUCAGACCUGUUUAGGCGACUGAGACCCCUCUAUUCCGGCAACAAGGACGGGUUCUCUACGGGAAGCUUCGAGAGCAAAGUGUUCAACUGGAGAGCGCCCACGAUACUUCUUGUGCGUGGCACUCGCAUCGACGACGACCCACAAGGCAGCCAAGAAACGACUUUUGCGGCAUCGAUCCCUCCGCGCCGGUUUCCAAACGGCAGCAAGGGAGAGCGUCUCACCUUCGGCGUGUACGUCAGCCAUCCUUGGAAGCAUACCACCAAGGAAACCUUUGGCGAGAGAGACACGGUGCUUUUCCAGCUGGAGCCGGUCCACGAUGUCUUCCCGGCCUCCCGCUACAACUCAGAAUUCAUUUCCUUUACCAAGGCGCCCACCAACCGGCCCAUGCUGGGAGUUGGAUGUCCUCAUCCUCGACAAACGCAAGCCCACCGGCGAAACACGAUGUUGUCUCUCGGCUCCGUUUCGUUACUGCUGGACGACUCAUUCGAGUUCGGCGUCUUCAACCAUGAUUGGACCGCUGGCGGGGGAGCGUUCGAAACGAGCGUGUCGCGAAAGUUUGACUUCCAGGACCGCUUCGAAAUCGAGAGCCUCGAGGUCUGGGGCUGUGGCGGCGACGAGGAGGCGAAAUCGCAGGCCGAGCGUUGGGCCUGGGAGCACCGGGAGGCGGAGGCCCGGCGGAAGAUCAACUUGGGAACCGGCGAUAUCGAGGCCGACCGCGCACUAUUAGAGAUGGCUGGGCUCGUGGGCAAUCACCGGAGUGGUGGCUCCAUGGUAUGA